AUGUGUAAUGUAGGGGGUGGAGCCAAAACUCCAUUACUGUCUCUUGCGCUCUGUGCCGGCCCUGCCCGGGGCCCCGUAAGCGCUCUGUGCCGGCCCUGCCCGGGGCCCCGUAAGCGCUCUCUGCCGGCCCUGCCUGGGGGCCCCGCAAGCGCUCUGUGCCGGCCCUGCCCGGGGCCCCGUAAGCGCUCUCUGCCGGCCCUGCCCGGGGGCCCCGCAAGCGCUCUGUGCCGGCCCUGCCCGGGGCCCCGUAAGCGCUCUCUGCCGGCCCUGCCCGGGGCCCCGCAAGCGCUCUCUGCCGGCCCUGCCCGGGGCCCCGCAAGCGCUCUCUGCCGGCCCUGCCCGGGGCCCCGUAAGCGCUCUCUGCCGGCCCUGCCAGGGGGCCCCGCAAGCGCUCUGUGCCGGCCCUGCCCGGGGCCCCGCAAGCGCUCUCUGCCGGCCCUGCCCGGGGCCCCGCAAGCGCUCUCUGCCGGCCCUGCCCGGGGGCCCCGCAAGCGCUCUGUGCCGGCCCUGCCCGGGGCCCCGCAAGCGCUCUCUGCCGGCCCUGCCCGGGGGCCCCGCAAGCGCUCUGUGCCGGCCCUGCCCGGGGCCCCGUAAGCGCUCUCUGCCGGCCCUGCCCGGGGGCCCCGCAAGCGCUCUCUGCCGGCCCUGCCCGGGGGCCCCGCAAGCGCUCUCUGCCGGCCCUGCCCGGGGGCCCCGCAAGCGCUCUCUGCCGGCCCUGCCCGGGGGCCCCGCAAGCGCUCUCUGCCGGCCCUGCCCGGGGCCCCGCAAGCGCUCUGUGCCGGCCCUGCCCGGGGGCCCCGCAAGCGCUCACUGCCGGCCCUGCCCGGGGCCCCGCAAGCGCUCUCUGCCGGCCCUGCCCGGGGCCCCGCAAGCGCUCUCUGCCGGCCCUGCCCGGGGGCCCCGCAAGCGCUCUGUGCCGGCCCUGCCCGGGGGCCCCGCAAGCGCUCUGCCAUGAUUGGCCAAGACUUCCAGCUUUAGAUCUCUAGCUAUGCUGUGGUUUCCAGGAAUGGGGUAAAUUCCUCCAGUAGAAGGAGAGUAAGCAGGGAAACCAAUUGGCUGUUACAGGGAGAGCCCUCCUACCUGCACAUAAGGAAUUGCAUUGGUCAUGGAAGGGGUUUAUUAGGGUGAGCGGUGCCCCUUUAGUGCCGAGUGAUACCCGCCUGGGCCCUUUGUACCCGACCCCUGACCCCCGAGGCUUCCCCACCCCAAGCCGCCAUUUAACCCAACAUUUCCCUUAUCCGCACUGUGUAACCGGAUGCACCGAGGAGCGACCUCCAGCCCAGUGUGUGGCACCAGAUCUCGUCUCCCUAAGGACAUAGGGGCUCACCCAUAUCUCUUCUUGGGUGGCCAAGGUUCCACUCCUGAGAGAAACACAAUCCUAUGUACUCGGGCCGGGGGGGUGCCAGGCCUGUGUCAGUCCCUACU